AUGGAGAGUACGCAGUCGGAUUCGUACAAGAGAAGCAAAAAGCAGGCCUCGAAAACAACCCCGCGGAGUACACAGACGACAAAAGCAACAACCCCAUUGAAAUCCACGCUGUUCUCAGCAGAGCCAAUAAUAACACCCGUCAAUGACCAACCCACCCCCCAGCUAGGGAGCCAGUCGGUAGUCAGCAAAACUACGACUGCAGCAACACCCUUACAUGUCCUUGGAUACUCAGUCGAGGACGACGACUCAGACGGAGAGCCCGAAAGCCCAGCCCAGGACGAUACACAAAUACCGUCUGAACUCGCUGGUCAAUUCUCGGAGGAACAGUUGGCUACGGCAAGAGCGGUGAUGGCCGCGUUGUCGGCCCUGAAGCCAGCGAGAAAAGCAAACACAGAACCCGCACCCAGGACAAUCACAAACCAGGCUACGGAAACACCAGUCGGCGAGAAACGGAAGAGACUGCCGAUAAGAAACCUAUUCGGAGAACAGAUCCUAGUGCAACACGAACAACACCCCAAUACAAACCAGGCGAUUGCUCUGCGCAGUCGGCCAGAACCCAUGGUCAUCGAAGAGACAAGAGAAGCGCCCCAGAGAUACGCGCCGCGCCGUUACACCAUCCAACCUGCAAACUCCCCCCUGUGCGCGGACAUUCUGGAGGAACCAAUGGAGAAAUUGAAGUUCCCACUCGGCAAGUAUGACGGAUCCACGGAUCCGGAGGUCCAUUGCAACACAUUUGAGCAACAUAUGAUGCUGUAUACAGAUUCUGACGCCAUGUGGUGCAAGGUAUUUUCCUCAACGCUGCUGGGAGUGGCAUCCGGCUGGUAUAAGGGACUACCAAAGGGGUCGGUAUACAACUACCGACAGUUAGAAGCAGAGUUCAUGCUACGAUUCAUUAAUCGGCAACAGAGAAAGAAAACGUCGGGAGAACUGAUGGCAGUCACCCAAAGAAGCGGAGAGUCCUUAAGAGAUUACCUCACCAGAUUCAACAACGAGUCCACCAGCAUACCAAACUUGCAACAAGAGAUAGCUGUGGUGGCCCUGAUGAGAGGAAUGAACCACUGCGAGUUCAAAAAAUACUUGGGAAGGAAAUCCUUCACCGAUCUGGGAAGCGCAUUGGUAAAGGCCCAUGACUACAUCAAAAGCGACGAGCUGAUGACAAUCCCAAAUCACUUUCAGUCGGCACAGACUAAAAAUGUCGCACCAAGGCCGGUUCAGCCGGCGCAGCAAAGUCAGAACAGGGGGUUCAGAAAGGAUGAACAGAGGAGGGACCCAAGAGGGAGAGAUUACCAGAAACAGUCAGCCAGCAUAUACCCCACAUUCCAUGAAUACACCCCGUUGAACGCCCCAAGAGCCGCAAUUUACAAUGUCAACAAGAACGAAAACUGGAAGAGGCCACCACCAAUGAGCGACAAACCCAGACCACAGUCGAAGUACUGUGCAUUCCAUGAUGACUGUGGACACUACACGGAAGACUGCAGAGACUUGAAGGAUAACAUCGAGGAUAUGAUCAGGAGAGGCUACCUGACACAAUAUAAAGCCCGACAGAACAACAACAACAACAACCAACAGAAUAGCAGCCGGCAAGGUAAUAACACAAACAACAGGUUACCAUCCACCCAAACACCACUCCGAAUAGAGCAGAAGGCACCAGAAAUCAGUCGGAGUGGAGAGGUUAGAAACAAUGGCCAGAAAGGGCCGACAGUAUGGGUCAUAUCCGGAGGACCGUGCCAUGGAGGAACAAUCAGUAGAGCCGGCAGAAGACUGGGCGAACACCGCCACCUGAUAAACUACCAUAGCACCAGAAAAUGGCCGUCACCCCAAGUCAUGCCAAACAUCUCGUUCACCCCAGCCGACUGCCGCGGAAUUAUAUACCCUCACGACGACCCACUGGUUUUGGGCCUCGAAAUAGCAAACUUCCCAGUAAAACGAAUACUGGUGGAUGGAGGGAGUUCAGCGAACAUUAUCUUUUGGGAAGCCUUCGUUCAGCUGAAGAUAGACGAGAAAGAGCUCACACGAGUCAACUAUCCUGUGAUAGGAUUUUCCGGAGCCACGGUCUUCCCGGAAGGUAGCAUCAGGCUACCAGUGCAGAUUGGAGAGGGAAGGACCGCAAGGGACCUAAUGGUAGACUUCUUGGUAAUCAAAGUGUCGGCUGCAUACAACGUCAUAGUAGGCCGACAAUUCAUCCACGAUGCACAGGUAGUGGUAUCAACAUACCAUCUAACCAUGAUAUACAUGUCUAACUUUGAGAAGGCUGAGAGAAUCCGAGGAAGUCAAGAGUCAGCAAGAUCAUGCUACUUGACGGCAUUAAAAACACCAGGCCGACUGACCACAUCCAGGAAUAUAACGAGAGAGGCAGCAAUGAAAAGACCGGCAAAAGGCCAAACCCCAAAAUUGGAGGGUGAGCAAUCUCUGUUGCCCAAGAAGGAGAAAAGACAGAAAAUGGAGUCACCCACAAUCGAAAGCAUCGAAAAGGGGGCUACUUUACCUAGGGUAGAGGCCGGAGGAGAGUCGGAAGAAGUCGAGCUGGUAGAAGGAGAAACUGGCAGAACAGUGAAGAUAGGAACCGACAUUGACCCCCAAUUGCGGGUAAACAUGAUCGGUCUAUUGAGAGAACACGCGGAUGUGUUCGCAUUUUCCGCAGACGAAAUGCCAGGUAUAAGCCCAGACGUAAUCGAGCACCGACUGAAUGUCGACAGAGCAGUCAGGCCGGUAAAACAAAACAAAAGAAACUUCUCAACAGAAAAAAAAUCAAGCAAUACAAGAAGAGGUAGAAAAGUUGCUGGCAGCAGGAUUUAUUGA